CGUUGAGCGCGCCGCCGUCGAGGGGCUUCUGCUCGGCACCCGACGGGUCCCGAGGGCCGUUCCAGGGGCGCCCUCCUGCUGCUCCGCGAAAGAAGGAGACAUGCUCCCGGGGAAGAUGGAACUGGCCAAUGAGAAACUACGAAAGGAGCUGGAAGAGGAGUUGAAACUUAGCACUGAGCAGCUGCGUAGCCACGCCUGGUACCACGGCUGUCUGCCACGGAAGGAGGCUGAGUCUCUACUGCAGGAAGAUGGGGAGUUUCUGAUCCGUGACUCGCGGUCCAGCUCAGGAGACUACGUUCUCUCGUGCUUCUGGGGUGGCCAGGCCCUGCACUUCAAGAUUAUCCGGGUGGUCCUCCGCCCUCGGAAGGGUUAUUCCCGCACCCUCUUCCAGUUUGAGCAGGAACAGUUUGACAAUGUGCCAGCCCUGGUGCGCUUCUAUGUGGGCAACCGGAAGAUCAUCUCAGACACCUCAGGGGCUGUGGUGUCCCGGCCCGUCAACAGGAUGGUGCCUCUCCGUUGGCUGGAGGAACGCUACAGUGACACCGGCCAGCCUCCGGGGCCAACCAAAAAGGAUGGAGCUCUUGCUCGGCAGUUCAGUUUCCGCACCACCGAAGCAGGAGGAGAAAUGGCAGAGGCGAACCUGCUCCGGACAAAAGAUCGAAGUGGAAGUGAUCCCAGCAGCCUCGACCAACUUGACCGGAGGCCCUCCUUACACAGUGCCCGUUCAGACAGCAAUUUGCUGGCUGGCAGCCCAGAAACAUCACCUGGAAUCCAGGAUCGUAGCCCGCUCCCUCCCGCGUCGCCCAUCUUUCGCACUGGCAGCGAUCCUGUCCUGCGGCCAAGUGCCCCAUCGUCUUACGAACAGGGGAGUCUGGCGCUGAGUGGCUCUGAAGGGCGGCUCCAUUCCAAGGCCCCGCCCAAGCCCCUCAGGGCCCCUUCCGUGCUGGUGAGCGACUACUGUGAAUUGGUUCCCAAGGCGCCCGAAGGCCCCCGGAGUCACGUGGAACGCCUGAAAGCGGAAGAGAGAUGGCGUGGCCGGGCUCACGUCACAGAGACUGCCUUUGGGUUCCUGGACUCAGAAGGGUCGUUUCCUUUUCCCCACUUGGUGGAGGCAGAGGAGGAGCCAGGAUUUGAACGGCCCCUGAUGGAGACAGUUUCCUCUUUCCAGCCUAGGCACUUCCGUUCACUGCUCUUGCCCCCUGAUAACAAGCCCUUGGAGCCCACGGCCCUGAAAAAUCUCAAGGCCAUCUUUUCUCAGCACGACUGCCAGGCAACAGCCUUUCAUAUUCUGCAGGUGGACUGCCAGGCUGCCAGAAUUACCGGAGUCUCCAAGGAGCAGCGGCAGGCGAUGGGAGUCAGCUCUGGGCUGGAGCUUAUAACGCUGCCUCAGGGGCAUCAGCUGCGAAAGGACUUGCUGGAAAGGCACCACCUUAUAGCCCUUGGCAUUGCGGUGGACAUCCUGGGCUGUACCGGGGCAGUGGCUGAGCGGGCAGCCACCUUGCACAAGAUCAUCCAGGUGGCUGUGGAACUCUGGCGGUCAGCAGGGGACCUCUUCGCCCUCUCUGCUGUGAUGAAGGCCUUGCGAAUGCCACAGAUCACGCGGCUAGAACAGACGUGGCGGCAGCUGCGCCAGAACCACACACACAGUGCCAUUGUCUUUGAGAAGGAGCUUAAGCCCCUCAUGGGGCACCUGAACCGGGCUGAAGAGAAUGCGGACCCCUCCCUGAAGGAGGCAGCGGUUCCUCACAUCUUGCCCCUCUUGUGCCUGAUGGAAGGAGAAGAGCUGCAGGGUGAGAGCGAGGAGACCUGCGAUGUCCUCUUGCGGAUCCUGGCGGCUGCCCGCUCCAUUGCGACCAAUGCCAGCGUCUUCCGUGCCAACGCUGAGGCGAAACUCCAAGGGUUCCAAGCCUCCCCUGAACUUCUGGAAGCCUUUCAAACCGAGUUUGCACUUCUGUUACUCUGGGGCAGCAAAGGCGCAGAAGCCGAGAGGACUGAGCGCUAUAGGAAAUUCGACAGGAUUCUGACUGUUCUUUCCCAGAAACUAGAGUGAACAAGGCAGGGACAGUAUCAGUCUGUCCCUCUCCCACCCUGAAUGCAAGCUUGUUAGAUCUGUGAAAAGCCCAGGAAGAAAUCACUGUGAUUUGCUUCGGUGGAUCCGAACUGUGCCGCUGCAUCUGACAGCUGUGGUGGGCCUCGGAGCCCGGAUGGACAGCAGACGCUGGAGUUGGGAAAUUCAUCAGCUGAACAAACAUUCCUUCCAAGAGCUCACCUUUCUCUGCUUCCACCGUAGGGAAUGUUAACCUAGCUUUGUAUGAGCAAGCAAAUUCUCUUCCCCUCUCUCCUGUAAAGUCUUGCAAGAUCCUACAGGGAUAAUAAUAACAACAUUCAAUUUCUAUAUCACCGUUCAGGACAACUUAACACCCACUCAGAGCGGUUUACGAAGUGUGUUAUUAUUAUCCUCACGACAAUUGCCCUGCGAGGUGGGUGGGGCUGAGAGAGCUCUGAGAGAGCUUUAACUUAUCCAAGGUCACCCAGCUGGCUUCAAGUGGAGGAGUGGAGAAUCCAACCUGGCUCUCCAGAUUAGAUUCCUGCCGGUCUUAACCACUAAACCAAACUGGUUCUGCCUAGCAGGCCGAAGCUCUAGCAGAAUAGCAAUUGGUGGGGGAAUAUGCAGGCCUCUUCUCUCCAACCUUAUUGUUCAAGGCAUCUGAGGACCCUUCCCUCUUCUUCUAUAACAGGCGGCAUUAACGAAGGGAGAAGCAGAGACUGUUGUUUUGGGCUUCCUGCCUGAACUCUCCCAAAGAUGAGAACGUGCCCUCUGCUCCCUUGGCAAUCAUUCGCUGUAACUGCAGCAGCAUUUUCUAAUUGACGGGGCGGGGGGAAGAGAGAAGCAUGCAGAAAGCAAAACCAUUUGCGUGGGGAAGUUCAGAACAAAAGGAAGCAGCUGGGGCUGGACUUGAGGAUGGAGGGCUGUUCAACUCCUGCAGUAGACUGGAGCGCCCCCCCCCCCAUUAUCUCAGCCUGUGCAUUUGGAAGGAGGGGUGAGAAAGCAGAGGUAAGCAAUAGCCCUCAAGUAUCCACGCGGCUCCACCUAAGGAUACCAAGCAUUUUUACAAAUGGAAAAAUAAACAGGCUGGGGAGACUAGCAAAACACAAUCACACCCUCCCAGUUGCACAGGCACCAAUAAUCUAAUUUUAUCUGCUUUUAUGUGUAAAAAGGCACCAGGCUGGCCCACAAAUACAUUCUACAUUUUGAGAGAGGGCGGCUCAGCACCUCACUCCCCCUUCCAGGCUUUGGGGAGGGGGGGGGGAACUAAAGACACACACAGAUGAUGUCAGCCAAUAAGCUAAACCGAGUUGUAAAAUAAAUUGGUCACUGUAUAAAAA